AGAAACAAGAAAGAAUAUUGGUGGACUAAUUCACACUUGCUAUAUAUCCUCCUCCCUCGCAUUAUUAUUCUUAAAACUCCUAAACCCGCCACCCGCUCUCCGCCUUUAUCUCCCUCCUCCACUCCUGACUCCACCCACCUAUAAAAACAUUCACCACCACCUCUUACUCAUUUUCUAGUUUCCUCCAAUCCCAUAUUUUCUCUUAAUUACCAAUUCUUCCUCUUUUCUGGGUGUGGGGCUGGAGUAGUAUUCAAGCUAGCCAACCACCCAUGGAUCCUGCUGUUCCUGCCCUUGCACAACAACCCACCACCGCCGGAGGUGUUGACAAUGGUGCUUCAAUAUUAGAUCCCACCAACAAUAUCGUCAAAGGAAAACGUACAAAGCGUCAAAGGCUACAGUCCUCCUCUUCUAUUCCUUUCGCAAUUGUAUCUCACUCUUCCACCUCCUACAACGUUUUCAAUUCUUCUCCGGCGUCAUCUUCUGAUUUUCCAGCUGGUAGCACCACCACGGAAGACGAAGAUACGGCCAUGUGCCUCAUUCUCCUUUCCAAAGGUCAUAACGUGUUUCCGAGGAACAGUAAUGACGAAUUAUCCGGAUACAAGUUUAACAGCAAAAGAUAUAUACAAACAUCGACGGACGCCGCCCAUGGAUUCACCGGAAUGUAUGUUUACGAGUGCAAGACGUGUAGCCGGACGUUCCCAUCGUUUCAAGCUCUCGGAGGCCAUAGAGCCAGCCACAAAAAACCAAGAAUCAAUGAAUUAGAUAAAAGAAAACUGUCACCCUACACCGCAUUAUCCGAUGAGGAUGAACCAUUACUGCAAUUCCCUUCGAGGAAGAACAAUUCUUCUUCUUCCUCUUCCCUUUCGAUUCAAUUAAACCACCGGGUUUCAUCUCCGGGACACAGCAAGAAAUCGUCCACCAAGCUUCACGAAUGUUCAAUCUGUGGCACGGAAUUUAAUUCCGGACAAGCAUUGGGCGGCCACAUGAGGCGACACCGGGUGACUAAUGGCACCGCCACCGCCGUCACUGCCACCAACACCACGUUGUCUUUGAUUCCUUACAGCCCGGUUACAACCAUGGUGGCCGACGAUCAAGAUUAUCAAAUGUCCAGGAAUGAUGGUUUGUGUUUGGAUUUGGAUCUCAACCUUCCGGCACCACCGGAAACAGUCAUGGCUGCCGCAAAUCACGACCAACGCCGUGAAUCGAGCUUCAAAUUCACGGCCGAUCAGAACAAACAACAACACACCGUUCGUUUAUCUGCCGCCCCAACAUUGGUGGAUUGUCACUACUAACACAAAGGUGCAAAAAUCAUAUAUAUUUUCUUAAUUUUCUUUUUACAUUUUGUAUUUAAUCGAUUACACCAUUGAUCUUGUGAAGGUAAGAUGUGAAAUUGUUCAUCAUACCCACAAAUUACUAAUUCUUUU